GCGACGGUUGGUGUUCCAUUCGACGUCAUGGAUCAUCCAAUCUCCGUCCAGAAUUUAAGUGAAGUGUACACUUUGAACGGUUCUAAUUUUGCUCAGUUUUGCACCGUUAACCGGACAACUCAUCAUCUGUGUCAGAUCUCCCAACGGUUCCCACAAUUUGCAGCCGUGAUCCCAAGUCAUUGGUUGGAACAAGGCUUCAUCAGUCAGUUGGAUGGAACUUUGCUCAGUGUCUGUCUGGUUUUUCUCAUCCUCGUCUCUUAUGGUGCCAAUACAUUGUGGUUGGUGAUUUACAGAAGGAACCCAAGUUUGCAGACCCCAACCAAUAAGUUAGCCAUCAGUUUAAUUUUGGCAGAUUUUCUCAUGAUGACCAAAACGUGGUUGUUGGUGGUGAAUGCCUUUGCGGGCGGGCCAAUUUUGGGCACCACAGGUUGCAUUGCCUUUGCAUCACUUGGCACCCAAGCGGGAUUGGUCCAGAUUUGGACCAUCACCAUCAUCUCCUUGGACCGUGCUAAUGCCAUUCAUUAUCCGAUUGUGAAGUCCAAGCGAUUCACGCAUAUUCAGGUACUCAUUUGCGUGGGAACGAUUUGGGUCAUAACCUCCGUAUUUUCCAUGGCCCCAAUUUUUGGCUGGAACCAGUAUGUCUCAGAGGCUUACUUCUUGGGCUGUUCCUUCGACACUUGGAGCCAUGAAUUCUGGGAUCAGGCGUAUGUUUAUACACUGAUGGUCUUCGGCUACUUUAUCCCGUUGAUGAUCAUCUGUAUGUCAUAUCUCAAAAUAUACUGGUUCACUCGACAAUCACGCCAAUGUGUGCUCAAUCACAUGAGACAGAUUCAAUCCCAGCUCUUGGAUUCGGGCAAGAAAGACCAGGAACAUGAAUCGUCCUUCACUGAAGCCACUCUCAACGGAAAUGGACCUACAGGACACAGUGUUCUGUACUCGGAUCAAUAUGCCGAAGAGUUCUUGCGGAAGACCCUCGAGAAAGAAAAGUGCCUAGCUCGGAUGGCUCUAUUCAUUAUUGGCGUGUGGAUUGUCACUUGGACCCCGUAUGCAGUUAUUGCCAUGCUUCAAGAACAUGGGUUGGGCUAUUGGAUCAGCCCAGGGAUCUCUUUGACGGCCUUAACUCUGGCCAAAUGCUCCUCCAUUGUCAACACCUUCAUUUAUGGUCUCAGACUUCCUCAUUUCAAGAAGCAUGUCAAUCAAAUUCUUCCGUGGUUGAACAGUCCCUCCCAAUCCAAGUCAUCCGUCAAAGGAGGGAUGCCAUUGGACCUUCGGAAAGGUCCCCCCUUGAAUUCCAAGAAACGCGUUCUCAAAGGCCGACGCCGUCAAGAGCCCAAAAUUGACGCUAGUGUCAAAGGGGAUCUGUCGAAUUCGAACUCGAAAACCACGUCCAAAACUCAACAUGUCAGCGUGAGCGAGAUUCGAAUUCAGCAAGUGCAAAAAAAUCUCGAGAUUGAACAAGCCAAAUUUGAGGAGUUGUGCCAAGCCAUUGAGGCCCGUUGGUUAACCGAGGAACCAUCUCAAUCAAAUGUCAUCCGAAACUACCGAAUGCCUGAAAACUUGUAUUGGGAGCUUAAGGCUGACUUGGCCGAGUUGGUCCAGGGUUCUCAUCUCGCUCCUUCCACAUCCGGAGGAAACCAUUCUUGCCGAUGAGAAAGUUCUUCCGACCCUUGGACAAAAGUGAUUUUUAUCUUCCCAACUUUUCCCUAAAUGUGUUUCGAUUUUUAAAUCACCUCUGUUAAUCUUCAGAAGUUCCAGCCACAUAUUGUACGAAUAAAUUGAUCAAUCAUCCAAAAGCCCCUCUUGAUUCAUAAUGCUUCAAACUUCUUCCAACGUACUUUGAAGACAAGAUAUAUAUUUUCAAAUUGGCGUUAUCAAUAUCCGAAGGUGGCACCAUCUACCGUUCUAAGGGCUAACAUUGAGGAAAAUGUCGGUUAUUGUUGCUCAUCUUGAAUCAAAAAAGAAAGGCAUCACCAAAAUUGAGGAGCAAUUUGCCUCAUUGGGUUUACCAGCAUAUUUUGAGUUGAAG